AUGUCUUUACAAUAUGUCGAUGAACAAGCAAUAAAAUCAGCUAUUGCAGAUUUGCGUAGUGAUAAGAAUGAUACCGAUUGGGUAUUGUUGUCAUUCGAAGACUCGAAAUCAAAGAAGGUAAAGUUAUUGGCUACCGGUAACGGUGGUGUUGCCAGUCUCUCUGAGCAACUCGCCGAUAACAUCGUUGGUUUCGCAUUGGUUCGUAAGAUCGAUGUCAUCGAUAACUCUGAGACCGUCAAAUACGCAUUCAUCCAAUGGAUCGGUGACAAAGUCGGUAUCUUACAAAAGGCAUUCGUCUCAAUCGCCACCUCUCACGUAAAGACAUUGUUCACUCCAUUCCAUGUUGAUUUCCAAAUUUCAUCACUCUCUGAAAUUUCUGACUCUAUUGUUCAAACAAAGAUUUCUGAAACAUCUGGAUCUGGUUCAAGAGUUUUGAAUGAAUCCGGAACUAGAAAUCAAACUACUGCUUCUACCUCUGUGAGAAAGUCGGUUGCACCGGGUAGUCUUGUAAAUAAGGAUGCCGUUACUUUGGGUAAUGAACAGGAGGUGCGUGAAGCAUUGAGAGAAUUCAGAUCGGAUGACAACGAAACCAAUUGGGUUCUCUUUGGAUACGACGCUCCAAAUUCAAACACAAUCGUACUCCUCGGUAAAGGAACCGGUGGUCCAAGCGAGUUGAUCGAUAACCUCCGUGACGACAUCGUAGGUUACGGUCUAACCAGAAUCGUCGAGAAAAUCGACAAUUCCAACACUGUUAAAUUCGCAUUCAUCAACUGGACCGGUGAGAAUAUUCACAGAAUGCAACGUGCUCGUCUUGGAACUCACAGUGGAUUCGUAAAGCAAUUGGUUCAACCAUAUCAUGUUGAUAUCAGUUGUGCCGACAAGUCGGAAAUUACUGAGGAAAUUGUUGUCACUGCUAUCACAAAGAAUUCCGGUACAAAGUCGAGUGUUUUGGCCGAUCAACCAACUAGAACAUCGCCAACCACUUCGUCUUUCAGAGGUGCCGGAUCCAGUGGAACUACCAAUGCCUCUGGUAGCUCCUACCGUGGUGCCACCCCGACUUCCUCGGGAGCCCCAGUUACAGCCGACGACUCUGUGCGUGCCGCCAUUCGUGAUGUUCGUAGCGAUUCGACACCAACCAACUGGACACUGAUUGGCUACCAGCCAAACAACACCACACUCACUGUUAUCGCCUCUGGCAAUGGUGAUGCCGACGAGUUGGUCGCCCACUUGAAACCAGAGAUCGUUGCCUAUGGAUUGGUUCGUGUCAAGACUCAAUUCGACCUCUCAGAGAUCACCCAGUUCGUUUGGAUUAACUUUGUCGGUGAGAGCAUCCCACGUAUGUUCAGAGCCAAGCUCGGUACCCACUCUGGAUUCGUCAAGGAAACAUUCUCACCAUUCCACGUCGACAUUCAUGCAUCGACACCAAACGAAGUAUCCAACGACAUUGUAAUCACCAGAGUAACUUCAAACGCUGGAACUUUAUCAAAAAGUUUCGCUCUUUUAUAUAUGUUUGUUUAUAAAGUUUCAAUCGAUUGA